GUGAGAACAGUCCAAACUUGCCCGAUAAUUUUUUUUUGGUUUCGGAUGGGUAUAUUCCACCUGGUGCCCGUUCGGCACAUUCAGACCGUUCAAUGAACUUUUUGAGGACUUAUAAAUUGAAAUCCUCUCUCUUCUCUCACCCCCACCACUCUCUCUCUUUUUUCUCUCUCCAAAUCUGAGCCGUUUAAAAUCGCAAUAGACGGUCUGAAUGUGCCGAGCUGGCACUGAAAAAUUCUUCAACUUGCCCAGAGCUUUAUGCAUAAAAAAUUCUUCAACUUGCCCAGAGCUUUAUGCAUAAACCAAAUUUUCAACUCUCCCUCUACCUCUCUGCAAAACCCAAGAUGGCUGAAAAUGCAACUCCUUCCAACCCUGAAAAAAUGACCUUGUCGCCGCCCAGGAGCGUUCAAGAAAUAUCCAUCAACGGAGGCGACCCCCCACCCCCAUUUAUCGUUAGAGACAACCCUUAUGGUCCAGUAGACACUUCCCCUCCGCUAGCUUCACUCCCCACCAUUGAUAUCAGUCUCUUUUCACUGCAAUCAUCCAUAGAAGAAACAGAAAAGGAAUUGGACAAGCUCAGAUCAGCUCUAUCCUCUUGGGGUUGCUUUCAGGUAAUAGGGCAUGGGAUAUCAUUCCAGUUUCUUGACAAGGUAAGGGAAGUCAUCAUAAAGUUCUUUGAGCUUCCAAUCGAGGAAAAGCAAAGACAUGGUAAAGCAGCUGUUGCAAAGGAAGGGUAUGGGCUUGACUCUUUAGUCACAGAAAAACAAGUUCUUGACUGGUCUGACCGUCUCUCUGUGUUAAUAUACCCAGAAGAUCAAAGAGAUCUCAAGUUGUGGCCAGAAAAGCCGCAAGAUUUUAGGGAGACAAUUGAUGAAUUCGCCAUGAACAUCGAUUCUGUAGUUGGUAUUUUAUUGAAGGCCAUGGCAAAAUCACUGAAAUUGGAAGAGAGCAGCUUCUCAAAACAGUUUGGAGACAGAUCAGUUAUGCAAGGGAGAUUCAUCCUCUACCCAACUUGUACCAGACCAGACCACGUGUUCGGGGUCAAACCCCAUUCGGACGGAUCAGGGGUCACUGUUCUACUGCAAGACAAAGAAGUACAAGGCCUUCAAGUUUUGAAAGAGGACCAGUGGCUUACAGUUCCCGUAAUUCCUCAUGCCCUGUUUGUCAAUCUUGGUGAUCAAAUGCAGAUAAUGAGUAAUGGAGUAUUCAAGAGCCCAUUCCACAGGGUAGUGACUAACAGGGAAAGGGAGAAGAUUACUGUCGCCAUGUUCAAGAGGCCAGAUCCAGAGAAAGAGAUCGAACCUAUUGAUCAAUUGGUGGAUGAGAAAAGACCAAGAUUAUACAAGAAAGUGAAGAAUUAUGCUGCUCUUAACUACGAAUGCUUUCAGAAAGGGCUGGUACCUCUUGAUAGUGUGAAAAUCUAAUUUUCUUGCGUAAAGGAAAGAUGUCUUUGGAUAGUCGGAUUGAACACAAACACAUUGGCUCCAGAAUGACGAAAAAUGACUCUUGUAGCUGACUGGAACACAAGGCCUAGUUUGAUUCAGUUUGUUUCUUUGGCUUGGUUUGUGUUUUUUGAACAUCAUUUGGUUUGGUUUGGUUUGGUUUGGUUUGUUAUAAUCAUCUUUUUGUGUUCAUGCUAUUGAAUUAAAAGUACGGCCUUUAUUUUGUCA